ACUUCGGGCAAAAAUUUCAAAACUGCCAUGUCCAAAUCUCAAUGUCCAACAGCAAUGAGCUUAGAACCUUCGCGAUUAGCUUCAUGGUCGGAGGUCUGUCGGGCGCCUUAGUGAAAUCGCUCACGUCACCUCUGGACCGCGUAAAGGUGAUUCUGCAAACGCAAGACGUCGCGGCCCAAUUCGGCGAAGGUAAACGAAAACGGUACACUGGCGUCAUCGAUUGCUUUCGAAGAAUUCCAAAGGAACAGGGGUUUACGAGCCUGUGGAGGGGAAACAUUGUGAAUACCGUACGAUACUUCCCCUCGCAGGCCUUGAACUUUUCCUUCAAUACUUGGUACAAGGAGAGAAUUAACGCCGCGUUCGGCGCGGGCCCUUUGGCGCACUUCGCCUCGGGCGCCCUUGCCGGUGUUACCACAGUUACACUUCUCUAUCCCCUCGAGUUUUGCCAAACUCGAAUAUCGGCCGACGUUGGAAAUGAUGCGAAGGAUCGCGCCAAGCGGACCGACUUUGUCGAGAGAGAGUUUCGCGGGGUGUCCGAUUGCAUUUCGAAGGUAACCAAGACGGAAGGAUUUCACGUUCUGUACCGAGGAUAUUUCGUAGCCGUGACGGGGGUGGCACUUUACCGAUCGUUCUACUUUGGCAUGCACGGUUACUGGAAGGAGAUUAACAAGGGCGCCGAGUUAUCGUUGAUGGUACAGCUGAUAGCUGCCCAGGUAAUAACAAUCACAUCGGGUAUGAUCAGCUAUCCCCUCGAUACCAUUGGACGCAUCUUGAUGAUGGAUGUUGGAAAACCGAAGAAUGAGAAGAAGCUGGAUACGGUGAGGGGUGUCGUCAACUUAGUGUAUCGAGAGAGGGGAGUUGCCGGAUUUUAUAAGGUGAACAAGGUAGAUAAUGUAAUCGUUUAAUUAGUUAUUUCAGGGAAC